CCCCGGAAGUGACGCGGGCGGACAAAGGCAGCGCGCGCCGCGGUGUCGGUCGGGCUGGAUGUGAUCGGGCGGUUGUGCCUCCGGGUCUGCGCUGCCGCCGCCGCCCUCGCCUUCCCCUCCCUCUUCUCUCGGUCCCGGGAGCCGUCCCGGGAGCAUCCUGCCAUUCUCGUAUGUCCAGCUGCAGACACACAGAUCCGAGGAGAGCCGGCCCCGUCCCGCAGGCUGCGCGCAGGAGGAGGAAGUGCCGCUGUGGAGUCCGAGCAGCCGCGGGUGGAGACAGCAUGACGAGCGAGGUGAUCGAAGACGAGAAGCAGUUCUACUCUAAGGCCAAGACGUACUGGAAGGACAUCCCGCCCACGGUGGACGGCAUGCUCGGGGGGUACGGCCACAUCUCCAGCAUCGACAUCAGCAGCUCCCGGAAGUUCCUGCAGAGGUUCCUGAGGGAAGGCCCCAACCAGACGGGGACCUCCUGCGCCCUGGACUGCGGCGCCGGCAUCGGCAGGAUCACCAAGCGGCUGCUCCUGCCGCUCUUCCGGGCGGUGGACAUGGUGGACGUGACGGAGGACUUCCUGGCUAAAGCGAAGACCUACCUGGGCGAGGAGGGCAAGAGGGUGAGGAACUACUUCUGCUGCGGCCUCCAGGACUUCAGCCCGGAGCCCAGCGCCUACGACGUCAUCUGGAUCCAGUGGGUGAUAGGCCAUCUGACCGACCGCCACCUGGCCGAGUUCCUGCGGCGCUGCCAGCGCGGCCUGCGCCCCAACGGCAUCAUCGUCAUCAAGGACAACAUGGCCCAGGAGGGCGUGAUCCUGGACGACGUGGACAGCAGCGUGUGCCGGGACCUGCAGGUGGUCCACGGCAUCGUCCGCAGCGCCGGCCUCAGCCUCCUGGCCCAGGAGCGGCAGGAGAACCUCCCCGACGAGAUCUACCACGUCUACAGCUUGGCCCUGAGAUGA